AUGGCAGCGGCAGCAACAUCGGCAUCUGUGCAAGCCAUGGGCACGGCUAUCCCUGCGCCGACACCGCUUUCAACGCUGCCGCCGGUCAACCGGUACACGCUGCGCGAGCUGAAGAUCCAGAACAUUUUGCAGAACCCUCGGCUGCGGCACGAGGUGCUGUUCGAGCCGAAGCUGGAGUUUCGGCCCAACUCGAGCGGGCAGCUGGCCGAGGCCAAGCAGCGUGCGGCGCAGCAGUACUGGUCGGCGGUCGAGCAGAACCUGCACGGGGAGAGCGGCGCGACCACGAUUACCAUGCUGGUGAUCGAGCUUCGUGAGAUCGUGGCGGAAAUGGCCGAGGACACAGGCAAACCUGAGUUGGCACAGCACGCGACAGAUCUGCGCGAGCGUCUAGACGACGCGCGUGUGCAGCAGCAGCUGCUGCGCAACACGUUUGACGUCGGAGCAGCGAUUUCUGUCCUUGGCGACACGAUGUUGGUGUUGGCACCGGCAGAGCGGCACUCGGCGGCGAUCGCACGCAUCGGUGUGUGUGUGGCUUGCGGUCGCAUGGUUCGUGGUCUUCGGCUGGCGUUUGAUGUGCUGGAGGGAAUCAAGAUCGACAUUGCAAACUCGAGCAUCGACAUGUAUCGCGAGUACAUGCGCGCGACAGCUGUGGCCUUUGAGCGUUCGCACUUUGCGCUGGCUGUCCGUCGCGGGGCUGUUGCUGGGCUGGCUGCCUCUCGCGAGUGGUGGCAGCGCGCGCUUGCUGAUGCGCGUGGGUCGGGCGCCUCUGCUGAUGCAGUGUUCUUUGAGGCGGCGCGGGAGCUGGUUCUGGAUGACGGCGUGCCGCUGCCAGCGCUCUUUCGCAUGGAUGAUGUGCGUAUUGCUGCCAUGCGUCGGGAGGCUGAGCGGCUUUCGGUGGCAGGCACUGUCUUUUUGUCGUUCAUGCAGUUCUUGCAGGCUGCAGCGCGUAACCAGAGUCAAACCAAGCUGCAGACACCCGAGUUCCGCACUGCCAUUGGUCGCGUCGAUCAUGGCCUGCUGGCUGCCGAGUGUUUGUCGAUGUUGCCCGAGGCAUGCACUGUGCGGUGGACAGAGCCAUUGCGUGCGAACGUCGCUACGCCUGGUGUUUCUGCUGCCGUGCCUGGCGUUCCUGGCGAGGUCACACUGAGCCGGCUUGUCGCUGAUCUCUUGUGCCUGGCUUGCCGUGCGCUGGGUCGCACCGUUUUGCCGGCUGAGGCGGCCAUAUUGGAGCGAACUUUGCUGCGCGCAGCACGGUACGAGUGCCCCCUGCGCGAGGUUGUCGAGGAGCGUGUCAAUGCAGCUUUGCGCUUGCACACAAACUCACUGGCGGACACUCGCACAAAGGCUCAUGGUACUGAGUGCGACUCCAUGCCGCAGGGUGCAAUGGAUGCCUUACAGCGCGCUCAGCUGCACUUUUUGCAGCCAGCCUUAUCUGCACUGUCCAUGCGUAUCCAUGCUGUGCUUGCCCACCAUUGGCUUGUCUAUAAGCUAUUCUAUGCGUCUCCCAAAGUGUCUGCGGAAGCAGCUUCUGUUGUUAUUUCUUAG